UUAUGUCAAUGUCACAGUUUGUUCUAGUUCAAAUAAUUUCAUUUCUAUUUUUCAUGAAAUUAACCAUUACAUAGUUAAACAAAAUCUGUGAAAUGUUCCGAUUUCUAUCUCUUUAAUUUAUUUCCAAUAUACAUAUGCAUACCACUGCACAAAUGUUACUGAAAUUAAAGAAAGUACCUAAUGUCAUAGCCUUACAGGCAUCAAAAAUUAAAUUCCCUGAGAAGUUUAAAGGAACCAUAAUAGAGAAAUGGGCGGAUUAUUGGAAAAACUUAUUUAUCGAUUAUCGGCAAAUGAUACAGGACUUACGUACUGAUAUACAAGAUGAUCCAAGAAAAGCUUUUAUUUGGACAACCUCUCUGUUUGGUAUAUAUGCAUUAGCCAAAAACAAUCCUUCAGAAAUUGACUUUAAAGAUAAAUUACGAAUAAUAGGAAACGAAAUGGCAUUAGUUAGUGAAGACUGUCAGAACCCCACAUCAAUAAACCACUUAAAAUUUCUGAAUACAUGUUACAAUGAAGGUGUAAUUCAUUAUAAAAGUUUUGGAAUAGCCUCCAUUAUGUAUACCUCGGAAUUAAACAGUUCCUGUGACUUAUAUAAAGCUCACUGUUCUUAUUUGAAGCCCAGUUACUUUAGCCUUCCUUCAAGAAUAGUAGAUGUGGGGCUUAUGGGAAAUUGGUGGAAUAUAUAUAUGAAAAUGGCCAGUUAUGAUGUUAAACAUUAAUGUUGUUUAAUUUUAGUGUAGUAAAAAUAUAUAUAAAUUGU